GGGUGGAAUGAGGAAGGCAGGCUCUUCCCAGGCCAUUCUCAUCCCCUCGGCAUGACCUCCGAGGAAGAUCCAUCACCGUUGGCCCCAUCAGAAAAAGCCGUCAUCACCGACCGGGCCAGGCCACCUAACCAAGCCAGUUUCAUGUGAGUUCUUCCUCAGAGGGCUGAGCACACAUCCUGAAGAGCAGUGCCCCAUCCACCUGCAAGCACGCUCACUCACUGAAAGGACAUGGCGAAGGGCGUGAAAAGCCCCAAGGGCAAAAAGAUCACCCUCAAUGUGGCCAAGAACUGCAUCAAAGUCACGUUGGAUGGGAGGAAGCGCCUGGACCUAAGCAAGAUGGGCCUCACCACCUUUCCCAAGUGCAUCUUGCGGCUCAACGAAGUGGACGAACUCGACCUCAGCCGCAACCUGAUCCGCAAGAUCCCAGACUCCAUCUCCAAGUUCCAGAACCUGCGCUGGCUGGACUUGCACAGCAACUACAUCGACAAGCUUCCCGAGUCCAUCGGCCAGAUGACCACCCUGCUCUAUCUCAACGUCAGUAACAACAGGCUCACCACCAACGGCCUGCCUGUGGAGCUCAACCAGCUCAAGAACAUCCGCACCAUGAACUUGGGCCUCAACCACCUGGACAGUGUGCCCACCACGCUGGGAGCCCUCAAGGAGCUCCACGAGGUCGGCCUGCAUGAUAACCUGCUGAGCUCUAUCCCUGCCAGCAUCUCCAAGCUCCCCAAGCUGAAGAAGCUCAACACGAAGAGGAACCCCUUCCCCAAGACGGAGGAAUCCGACAUCUUCACGGACACCAUCAAAAGGCUAGACAGCUUAUUCUUGGUGGAGGAAAAGGACCUGUGUGCCAACUGCCUGAGAAAAUGCCAACUGGCCCGCGACAAGCUCAACAAAAUCAAGAACAUGGCCACGUCCACCCCGAGGAAGGCCAUCUUUUCCAGUUUGGUUUCACCCAACUCUUUGGCCAAGGAGUCCCAGGAAGACUGGAGGUUACGGUCAACAUCCUAGAGUAGUUCAUGGCCAAAACGGAAGCCUGACCUGCCAACGGUUGUGCAACUCUGAAGAGCAGAAGACACAACAACCAAGGGGACCCCCGGAAGCCGCCCUCACUCCCACCCCACUGGUGGCUACCUCCCUCACUUGCUUCUGAAAUCCCUCUCAACUCUCUCUUCAU